AUGCUCUCGGUAACCUCUUCCCGCGCUUUGGUGGCGCUACUCAUGGGCCUGAUCAUGGUAACCCAGGUCUUUGCCAGCCCUGUAUCAAACGCCCCAUCUUCGUCUGUUCAUAGUCGCUCUGAGGAAAACCUGCAAGGCCCAGAAUACCCACAUAUCUCAAGCUCUGGUUCUCCCACGACCAAACAUGACAAUCGCCGAUACGAACUGGGAAAAAGGGAAAACUCUUCUGCAACGUCAAUAGCCAGAGCUGGGCUUCAGCAGCAGAGUCGGGAAUCUUCUUUGGAAGGUCCAUGCUCGGGUGGAGCCACCAUCCUUAUGCGAUCUACUGUGGCUGCCAACGAGUAG